AUUCCGGUUGUAUCUGAGAUGCUAACUUAGAGCCCGGCGCUAGAUUGUGGCUAUCUGAAAUUGGAUGAAUUCAACUGGUGUGAACUCGCUGGCUUAGGUCGGAAAUUGCUCAUAAAGCUCACUUGGUUCCGACCAUACUCUAUGACAUGUAAUCUUGAGCUACUACAGGAAAUAAGGCAACCAUGCAUUACCUCAUAAAAUGUCUCCUAAAUGCAUUCACCUGAAAUCUUUCAUUUUACUCCCAGAGUCAUACACAGGCGCAUACCCCCCCCUCCAGGGUUUUAAUACAGAUAUUUGCUUCUACUAAAGUGAGCCAUGGUUCAAGGCAGUUUCUGCUAUUACAGAUGUGCUCAUCUUUGGCUAAAUAAUUAACUGCCUGAAUUGUAAAUUAAAGACCAGCCAGUUAGCUUAACUCUUAGCAAAAAAAACCUGACGUAUAAUCUUUGUUUCCCUCUGCAUAUGUGUGUGGGGGGGUUCCUACCUGGACAAGUUCCCAGAGUUUUCUUGGCAAAGUUUUUCAAAAGCUGUUUGCUACUUCCUGCUUCCUAGGGUUGAGAGAAAGUGACUGCCCCAACCUAAUCCAGCUCAAGGAUUUCUGGUUUCUAGACUUGAUGCUUUAAUCGCUACCAUAAACUAGCUCUGAGUCUAGUUUACCCUUCUAUAAUUCCUUGUGGCCUCCAUCUACCUACUAAUCAGGUUUGACCCUGCUUAAUUUUUGCAAGAACAGCCAAGAGUGCUUCAUUCAGGUUAUCAGUUUGUGGCCUAGUGCACUGUGCAAAUCCAGUAAAUCAUGAUUAAGGUAACAAGGGGUGCAUUGCAAAGCUAGAGCCAGUCUCUUCAUUUUAAAGUGAAGUUUAGCGUUUUUACUCCUAUUGGUAUUAUUUUGUGCUUGUUUACCCCGAACUGCAUCCACCACCAUUGUUUGAUCAGUACAUUUUUAUAGUCUGCUUUCCUUUCCUUUCCAGUUGAGAUUUUAAGACGGCUUCUGGCCUUUUAAAAAGUUCAUUUUUUAAUCGAGAUAAUAAUUAUCCUUCCUGAACAUCUGUGCUACCAAAUUGGCAAUUACCACCGGCAAUUGAGCCCUGAGAAGACUGCCAAAAAAAAAGCCUCUCCCACGCAGAUUGGCUGCGCGACCGUCUGGCCGAGGAAGGCGGAGUCAAACCGAGCGUAACUCUGCCGGACCGGGAAUGGAGAAGCCGCUGCGCCCAGGGGUCGGAGUUGGAGUGGUGAUCACCAGCCUCAGGCACCCUGGUUGCAUCCUAGUAGGCAAGCGGAGAAGUGUCGUCGGGAGCGGUUUCUUCCAGCUUCCCGGAGGACACUUAGAGUUUGGUGAAAGUUUGGUAGAAUGUGCAGAGAGAGAAACUUUAGAAGAAACUGCUUUGCAUCUAACAAAUGUGCAGUUUGCUUCAGUUGUAAAUGCUGCCAGUUUAAAGGACAAUUACCAUUAUGUCACCAUCCUAAUGAAAGGAGGCGUUGAUAUGAAUCAUGAAUCUGAACCAAAGAAUCUGGAACCUGAUAAAAAUGAAAAUUGGAAAUGGGUAAAAUGGGAUGAUUUUCCACCAGCGGAUAAACUCUUCUGGCCUCUACGCUGCUUAAGAGAACAAAAUUAUAAUCCUUUCAAAGAAGAAUUAAAUCACCUGAUUGGGUACACUGGAAAUCUAUAAAAGUUAUAUUUUGACACACAACUUCACAUAUUUUUUCUUUACAAUGUAUUUUAAUACAGUGAUGUAUCCUAGUAUACAGGGCUUAAUGCAUGCUUGUGAUACUUAUGGUUUUGUUAUUGGUCAAAGCAGCUGCAAUAAUGCAUCCUAUAUUUUAUGUUACUUUGCUCUGUAAGAAAAGAUAAAAAUGUUUAUAGUUGCUCCCAUAAUUGAUAUGAUCCAAUUAAUCACAAAUGGUCCAUAUUUUAAACUCUUCCCAUUCUAAUCCAUUUGCUCUCUGACUUAGGAGAACCACCAAUGGAAAGAAGAAAAAUUACUACCAGUAGUGUGCAAGCUUUUUUUAUCAAGAAAACCUGUGAAACUUUUCCAAUGGGAAAAAACUAUAACAGGUUUUUAUGCAACUAUAUAACCCACAUUGUUUUUAGUUUUUCACUAGUUAUUUUUGCAUGAUACGCUGAACCAAAAUUUGUUCAGCCACAUUAUUUCAAUGUAUUGUAUAAACUUUGCCUCUAUGGUUAACUGAGUAAACCAGGAACUAUGAAAAUCCAUUUCAUUUCCUUUAAUUUUUUAGAAAAAUUCUUUUUAAACAAAAAGCCUUUAAUUUGAAAGAAAAAAGAGAAGUUAGCAUAGGCCAGAUCCAAGAGGAAAGUGUUGGGUGACUGCAGUAUUUUAGCAAGGAAUCCCAGCAGAUAAGAUAAAACAGCAGAGUGAAAAAAACCAUCCUGACUAUCUGGAACAGUCAGGAAUAUGUGCCCAAAUAUAACAAGUGAAAUCUUAAUUCAAACAGGCAGGCUGAGUUCACAGAGUAUAUCAAUGUAAUUUUGGCUUAAUAUAGCGAACCAACCAAUUCUGAUUUAAUCGGUAAAUGAGAUUUUAAGAAAAACAUUUCCAAGAUGUUUAAAUCCAUUCAUAUUACUUAGGUUUUCUUAAAAUUUACCUCUUCCUCUAGUUCAUUGGGAAGGCCAAGUCCCCACUGCUCCUACUGAAAAGCCAGCCCUUUCUUCAUCAUACUCUUUCUCUCCAUGGCUGUCCUUACCUUCUAUCACUGAUGUUUUCUUUUGCCCUCCCUGGCUUCUGAUGAUCUGACACCAUUUCUCUCUCCCCUUGACUCCCCCCCCCCUUGCCUUCCCCUUCACCAUCAUCUUGAAAUCAUUGUCUCUGUCCUCCAAAUUUGAGAACCAAAGCUACCUCCUGUACACACACUGUUUGCCAAACUUAGGGCAUGUUUAAUGGGCCUAGAUUACUGUUAAAAAUUCAGGUUGUCUGCACUUUAACAGUCACCAUUGGGACCAGCAAAUCCAUGAUUCAGAAAGCCAUUACAUGACCUUAUGGCCUCACCUUCACAUUCAUUAAACAAGAUAUGGUGUAACC